AUGCCUGGAUCUAGCUCGACCACCAAUACCCUAACUACCGAUCCCGUUUUGGUCGACAAACUCAACAAAGAGAAACCCAGGACGGUUGACAUGGGAAUCCUCAUCAAACGCCAGCCACCCCCUAUGUUUAAGGGAGACGUCAAAGAACUUCGUUCGCAUUUGAUCCAACUCAAAGCUUACUUCAAAGAUUAUGAGAAUACCUUCGACACGGAUGAGAAGAAGGUCCGUUUUGCCUCAUCGCGCCUCGAAGGAACCGCUUUGAAAUGGUUCAGGCCCAUCCUGGACAACUACUUGGAAAGUCCGGCCGGGGGAGCCCAAGAACGAACUCAAGAAAUCAAUGGUCUUUAUAUAGAUUGA